GUGGUGCGCUGCCUCCUGGAAGCCGGAGCGGCAAAGGAUCGAGCCGAUCAACACGGUCAUACGCCCCUCUUUAUCGCCGCUGGCAAGGGCUACCUCGAUGUUGUGAAUUGCCUGGUGGCUGCAGAGGCUGACCUGCAUCAAGCGGACCGGAUUGGCCAGUCGCCCCUCUUUAUCGCUGCUGAUGUGGGCCACCUGCAUGUGGUAAGACAUCUGCUCGCGGCCCGAUCCCAGCUGGAGCAAAGCUCCGCCGACGGCACUCCGCCCCUCACGGCAGCGGCACGUCGGGGUCAGCUUUCUGUCGUCCGAUAUUUGCUGGAGAAGAGGGCGGAUGCCAAUGCGACGGACAUGUCUGGCAAGACACCGCUGUUCUAUGCGGAUGACUGCGCUGUCGCCAAAAGCUUCUAG